AUGUGCCCUACCCUUCCUUCUCUCCCUCUCUCUCCUACCCUGUUCCUUGUUCCUCACUCUUGCGCACCAAAGUUUCAAUCUUCAAUCCCACACCCACUUUCAUUAUCAUUUUGCAUUGCAUGGCGUACAAAGUCGACCAUGAAUACGACUACCUCUUCAAGGUCGUAUUGAUCGGUGACUCCGGCGUUGGAAAGUCCAAUAUCCUCUCCAGAUUCACGCGAAACGAGUUCUGCUUGGAAUCUAAGUCUACCAUUGGGGUUGAAUUCGCUACCAGAACAUUGCAGGUGGAGGGGAAGACUGUAAAGGCACAAAUAUGGGACACUGCAGGCCAAGAGAGGUACAGAGCCAUCACCAGUGCCUACUAUAGAGGAGCUGUUGGUGCCUUGUUGGUGUAUGACAUAACCAAGAGGCAAACAUUUGACAAUGUGCAAAGGUGGCUUCGUGAACUAAGGGACCAUGCAGACUCCAACAUUGUUAUUAUGAUGGCUGGUAACAAAUCUGACCUUAAUCAUCUCAGAGCAGUUUCCACUGAAGAUGCUCAAAGUUUGGCUGAGAGGGAAGGUUUGUCCUUUCUAGAAACUUCAGCAUUGGAGGCAUACAAUGUUGAGAAGGCUUUUCAGACCAUUUUGUUUGACAUAUAUCACAUUAUAAGUAAAAAAGCACUGGCAGCACAAGAGGCUACUUCCUCUAGCGUUCCCCAAGGAACUACCAUAAAUGUCUCAAAUAUGUCAGGUAAUGCGGGCAAUAGAAGUUGUUGCUCUAACUAACAGGGUUGGUUACUACUGUGUAGAAAAGGAGAGGGAAAAAGCAAGGUUUCUCAAAAGAAAAAAGAAUGUCAUGAGGAAUAGUUGCUAGAUAAUUGCUACCUUUUGUCAAGGUUUAUUUUUUGUUUUUUCUGCAAAACAGGGGAGGCAGAUGAUCUCUAGUCUGCAUCUAUCUGAAUUGAAAAAUGAAUAUGACGUGUUAACAAUUCAUGUUCUU